AUGGCUUCACACACAAGUAAGGCAUUUUUGUCCUUAGGUCGAAUACAUGUUCCUUCUCUGGGGCUGGCUGGCUAUGUGAGCAGGGUCACAUACGCGACCGCUUUGACUAUACAUUCACCUCCUGGGAAGAAAGGCUUUCCUGAGAGAAGUGGCAGAGGAGGCUUUGGAAAAAAAUUCAAGAGAGAAGUUAGGCCGCCCAGGACAGACAAGAUGCCGGUGGACCAGGACUGGACUGCAGUUUAUCCAGCAGCAACCCCCUUCAGACCAAACUCUGUCCCACUACCUGUGAGGAUGGGCUACCCUGUAAAGGGAGGUGUUCCACCAGAGAAGAGGGGCAACCUGGAGCUAAUCAAGAUACCAAAUUUCCUGCACUUGACACCAGCAGCCAUCAAGAAACACUGUGAAGCUCUAAAACCAUUCUGCACUGAGUGGCCCUCUGCCUUGGAAACUGAUGCAAAAUGUGACCAGCACUUUCCCAUUAAAGUAGAAAACACAGACUUUGUGUCUGCCAGCCUGUCUGUCAGAAACCCUUCUGCUCGAAUCGUUCACCUCAGGAUAAAGCUGUUCAGUUUGAAUCUGGAUGAGCAUGCACGGAAUAAAAUGCUCAAACUUGUUGGGGAGAGAUACUGCAAAGACACUGAUAUCCUCACCAUCACAACUGACAGCUGCCCACUGAAACAGCAGAAUUAUGACUAUGCCAUGUACCUGCUAACUGUGCUUUACCACGAGUCCUGGAAAACGGAGGCCUGGGAGGCUGAGAAGACUGUGGCAGACAUGGAGGAGUACAGCUGGGAGGGUAGCCCGUCUCAAAAGAAUAUCUUGGACACACUAGUACGCCUGAAGGUGGCAGAGGAGGAGGAAGGCGUGGAAGUGCAAGAGCAGCUGCUUGGAAGAAAAGAGGUGCAGGAGUAUAAGGACUCUGUCACAAGGCUGAAGAAUGAAGGAGAGAGCGAGAGCACCAUGCUCCAGUAUAAAGAGUCUGUCAAGAAAAUUUUCAACCUGUAACAUACAAAUGUAUGUUCACGAAGACGGUGACUAAGAGCAGCAAGAGUAAUACCUGUGAUUGGGUCAGAGGACAUAAGAGGACAUUUUUGAAUACUUGUAAAAAUACUCCAGCUCUAGUAUUAAUAACACAACGCUGACUGCAGAUAAAUACUGUUCAGAUUCACAUGCGGAUAUAAAACCUUCAGAGUUUCAUCUAAUGUAUUUAUUUAGCAAAGUUGAUUUACUGUUAUCAGCUGUAUGAUUAUGUCUUUCAUACAAAAAUAAAAACCCCAUGUG